CGUAUCUGUCCAAGUUGUCUUCCACUUACACCAAGCCAGCCACGUGACUCCGCACCUUGGUCGCGAUGCGUUUGCGAUCCGUAGUUUGUGCGCAGCCGCAACAGCAUUAGCAUCCAUUUGUCUGGUAAGACGCAUUGACGAAAGAAUUCUCAAAGUUUAUGAGAUCGCUUGUAAAUAUCUUCAACUUGACACCUCGCACAUCUAUUUCAUCAUCAAUUAACCUUACGCGACGUCUCUUACCAGAGUCUGCGUCGCGCUAUCACGAGCUGACUACAGGACGCCUCGUCUUCUCAUCUAUUACUUCGUUUCAUCACCUAGCAUCGUUCAGAAUGCCACCACGCAAGCGAAACCAUUCUGAUGUCCAAGAUUGCGCUGCUGAUACAUCUCUCAGACGCUCAUCACGGAGAGUCUCAACCAAAAUUGACGAAACAUCAACAGCAGAGCCAGCCGAGUCAGCGCCGGUCAGCAAAAGGGCCAAGACUGGCGCUGAGGCGCCUCCUGUUAAAGAGAAGCCUGUGAAGAAGGCACCAGUAAAGAAAGCAGCCAAACCCAGUGCUGCCGUUGCUUCUGGAAAGGAUGGUAAGGAAAUGGCUGCCAGUAGCAGAGCAAUGUCCCCUGAUCCUCCCAUUUCUUCGAUUCCUCGCACAAACCCAGACGCACCCAGACACGAUGGCGAGUGGUAUUGGCUUAUGAAGGCUGAACCUGAAACGAGAAUGGAGAAUGGCGUGGAUGUGCGCUUCUCCAUCGACGACUUGCGAAGCAAAACAGAACCUGAAGGCUGGGAUGGUAUCCGUGCCUACGCUGCGCGCAAUCAUAUGCGCAAUAUGAAUGCUGGCGACAAAGCUUUCUUUUACCACUCUAACUGCAAGGAGCCUGGUAUCGCAGGCAUAAUGGAGAUUGUCAAGGAAUUCUCCGAUGACCGGACCGCUCGACGUGCUGGGCCGUACCAUGAUCCAUCAGCUACAAAGGAAAACCCGCGAUGGAGUCUCGUCCACGUCGAGUUUCGUAAAAAGUUUGCUGUCCCGAUUGGACUAAAGGAGCUUCGCGAGCUUGGCGCAGCAGGGGGCCCCCUUGCUGAGAUGCAGAUGCUCAAACAGGGGCGCCUAAGCGUGAGCAGGGUGCAAAAGAGUGAAUGGGAAGCGCUGUGCGCGUUGGCUGAUAAGAAGGCCAAGGAUGCUGGCUUGAAGCAUGAGGAGUAG